AUGAUUUUAGGCAGUCCCAAUAGUGAAUAUUUAUAUGAUGACUCUGAUCAUUCAGAUAAAGAUCAUUUUACUGAUGGAGUAAUUAAAGAAAAGAUGGAUAAUACAACCAAUGAAUCAUGUUUAAAUCAAGAGUCAAACAAUGAUACUAAAUUAGACAACAAGCAAAUAGAAGAAAAAGAAAAAAAAGAUUGCGAGAGUGACACCGAUCAUGAUUACACAAGAAGUGAAGAUGAAAAUUAUCAAUCAUAUUUAGAAGAUGAUGAGUUUAUUGACUCUGAGAAUGAAGAUGAUACAAUUCUAUCAGUGGGAUCUGAAUAA